AGCAACAGUGACAUCAGUGAAACCUGAGUGUUUCAUUGAUUAUUUUUCUCCUCUUCUUUUUUUAAUCUAUUCUUUUCACCACAUUUUAGUGAGAAAGCAAUUUUUUUUUUUUACAAACGGAGCUUAUAUUGAUUUUUAUUCCAUAAAUAAUUAAAAGAGGGUAGAAAAAUCUGCCCUUCAUUUAAAAAUUGAAUGUUUCACUAUGUAUUUAAAAAGCGAUUCAGGAUUAGGAGGAUGGAUAACCAUACCAGCUGUAGCUGAUGUUCUAAAAUAUUCUUGCAUUGUUUGCUGGUCUUCUAGGGAAAAGAAUAAUGUAGAACAGGACCUUAAGGAGAAAGAAGAUACUAUUAAACAGAGGACAAGCGAGGUUCAGGAUCUUCAAGAUGAAGUUCAAAGGGAGAAUACUAAUCUGCAAAAACUACAGGCCCAGAAACAGCAGGUACAGGAACUCCUCGAUGAACUGGAUGAACAGAAAGCCCAGCUGGAGGAGCAACUCAAGGAAGUCAGAAAGAAAUGUGCUGAGGAGGCCCAGCUGAUCUCUUCUCUGAAAGCAGAAUUAACUAGUCAGGAAUCGCAGAUCUCCACUUAUGAAGAAGAAUUGGCCAAAGCUAGAGAAGAGCUGAGCCGUCUACAGCAAGAAACAGCAGAACUGGAGGAGAGUGUAGAGUCAGGGAAGGCUCAGCUGGAACCUCUUCAGCAGCACCUACAAGAUUCACAACAGGAAAUUAGUUCAAUACAAAUGAAACUGAUGGAAAUGAAAGAUUUAGAAAAUCAUAAUAAUCAGUUAAAUUGGUGCAGUAGCCCACACAGCAUUCUUAUAAAUGGAGCUACAGAUUAUUGCAGCCUCAGCACCAGCAGCAGUGAAACAGCUAACCUUAACGAGCAUGCUGAAGGCCACAGCAACCUAGAGUCUGAGCCCAUAAACCAGGAAUCUCCAGCAAGAAGUAGUCCUGAACUACUGCCUUCUGGUGUGACUGAUGAAAAUGAGGUGACUGCAGCUGUUAAUGAAAAGGUUUGUCCUGAAUUCAACAAUAACAAGCAUUCAAAAGAGGAAGAUCCAUUUAAUAUAGACUCAAGUUCACUGACAGAUUCAGUUGCAGAUACAAACUUGGAUUUUUUCCAGUCUGAUCCUUUCAUUGGCAAUGAUCCUUUCAAGGAUGAUCCUUUUGGAAAAAUCGAUCCAUUUGGGGGUGAUCCUUUCAAAGGUUCAGAUCCAUUUGCAUCAGACUGUUUCUUCAGGCAAUCUACUGAUCCUUUUACCACGUCAAGCACUGACCCUUUCAGUGCAACCAACAAUAAUAGUAUUACAUCGGUAGAAACAUUGAAGCACAAUGAUCCUUUUGCUCCUGGUGGAACAGUUGUUGCAGCAAGCGAUUCAGCCACUGACCCCUUUGCUUCUGUUUUUGGGAAUGAAUCAUUUGGAGAUGGAUUUGCUGACUUCAGCACAUUGUCAAAGGUCAACAACAAUGAAGACCCUUUUAGUUCAGCCACAUCGAGCUCUGUCAGCAAUGUAAUGAUUACAAAAAAUGUAUUUGAGGAAACAUCAGUCAAAAGUGAAGAUGAACCCCCAGCACUGCCACCAAAGAUCGGAACUCCAACAAGACCCUGCCCACCACCACCUGGGAAAAGAUCCAUCAACAAAUUGGAUUCUUCUGAUCCCUUUAAACUGAAUGAUCCAUUUCAGCCUUUCCCAGGCAACGAUAGCCCCAAAGAAAAAGAUCCUGAAAUGUUUUCUGAUCAGUUCACUACUUCUGCUACUACCACUACCAAUAAAGAGGCUGAUCCAAGCAAUUUUGCCAAUUUCACUGCUUAUACCUCUGAAGAAGAUAUGAUCGAAUGGGCCAAGAGGGAAAGUGAGAAAGAGGAAGAGCAGAGGCUUGCCCGACUGAAUCAGCAAGAACAAGAAGACUUAGAACUGGCUAUUGCACUCAGUAAAUCUGAAAUAUCAGAAGCAUGAAGAAUUCUCUUGUUCUUUGUCAACAAUGUAGUACUCUUCUUCCUGAAUACUGAAACUAUUUACAAUGUAUAUCAAAACUACCUGUGAGCAUGGGAAUACAAAAGGUUUGAUAUUCCUGUAAAUGUGACAAAAUUUUAGGAUUUUUUUUCUUUAUUAUGGAUUCAUCUUUUUUUUUUUUUUUUUCUUAUAAAAGCCAUAACCCAAUCUAAUUCACCUUCACUUAGGCCCCUGUUCUGGCAUACAUUUACUGUGAGCUUUUGCUGCCUGUGCUAUUUUACUUGUAAAGCUAAAGCACCCAAGCCUCUGCCUUCUGGAAUAUAGAGAAAUAGUUACCCUGCACAACCCUUGUUCUGUAGUUAUUCUGAUGAUAGCUAGGGGGGUUCUAAAAGCUUGCAGUAUUCUCCCUUGAUUUGAAUGAUUGAGUGAGGUUAAGGGCAAUAAUAUCCUAUUUAUUUUAUGAUUGGUGCAAAUUGGCUAAAGUGCAUUUUAAAAUUUCCUUAUAGUAAAAAUAUUACUUAAUUUGUUUUUUUAGAGACAAAGAAAAAUAUUUUGCACAGAUUGACUCCACUAUGGAAAAGGGACACUUUCAAUUGAACCAUUAUAGCCUCAGAUUCUAUCUUUUUCUAACUAAAAACAUUAAAGUCUUAUGUGUGAAAUAAAUUUUAAAAAACAUUUAUCUGGAUUUAAAGAAUUUUAGAUCAACAGAUACUUCUUGGUGUGUUUGCUAAUUAAUAAAAAUCAGUUUCUUACAAAUAAAGUUUGUAAGAAAAUGUUCAUUUUAAGUGUUAUAUAGUGGAGAAAAUGUAUCACCUAAAAUAUACCUAUCAACAUAAAGCAAGUAAAAAUCUUACCGUGGCGGCCAUUCCGCCUCUGCCGUGGCCCUGUCCUGUUCAGUUCUUAAUGGGUUUAUUUUUGUACUUUUGCAAAAGAAACUUCAACAGGCUAGAACUGGAAGGUACUUUAAGUUUUCACACAUACUUGUUUUUCUUUAAUGAAGGCUCAUUUACUUGAAAUGUAGAAACUUUCACUGAAUACAAAUAGAAAAAAUGAUGUGUAUCAUAUCAUAUUGCUUUUUGUCCAUCUUUGUGGUUUAGUUUAUUUACUUCAUGUUUUUCACCUAUACAAUUGUCAAGCUAGCAAAAAAAAAUCUUGUUUCUUUAAUUGGGAGAGAAGGUACCUGCUAGAUUAUCAAAACUCUUCACAUGUUAAAAGACCAUCUCCUGUAAAACUGACCUAGUGGAUAAGCUGAUUUGAAAUAGACUGUGAAGUAAGCGGUAAUUUGUCAUUUUAAUUUUGUUUAACAUGGUUACUGACCUAGAUGAUGUAUUGAAUACCAAGAUAAAGAAAAAUGCACCUAAAAACUAAUUAGAAUUCUCUGGGUCGCCAAGUCAAGGUGAUAUUGAUCUGUAUUAAUCUGAGUAACUUAUUGCCUAGCCUAUAAAUAAAUUCCAAAAUAUCCAAUUCAUUCCUUGUUGAAAUGGUGCUUGUUUUCUUUUCUUUCCGUUACACAAUUGGACUCCUACAGUUUAAAACAAACUUUAAACCACUAUCUUGCACUGUUAACUUUUUUCCACCUUUGUAAAUAGAAACAUACCUGCAUAAGAGUCAUACAUAUGAAGCAAGGGCUGAAUCUUAAUUACAGGGCUUUAAUUUUGAUGAACGAAUCCAGUGACCUAAGGAUUUUCUGCAAAAAUUGACUGGGAAGUGUUGGGAGUUGUGAUAAGUGGCAUUUUUGUUUGUUUUCUUCCUCUUACUCCUUAGGAUAAAGGUAAGUUGACUUGAACAACCUUCUUUUACACUGGGAAAAUAAGCAAAUGUUUGAAAUGCUUUAAAAAAAUAUUUUUUAAUUAAAACACUCGAAAAUAUUAACUAUAACUUAUAAACACCAACUUUCAAUGUAAUACAUGUAUUCUAAUCUUAUGUAUGUUUAACUGGAUUACAUAGAUUUUUAUCUUUUGUUAAAAUAUAUAUGCUCAGUGGACCAAUAUAAUAUUAAAGUACGUAUAUAUUAUAUAAAUAUAUAUCUAUAUCUAUGUGCUCGCUUGUGUAGGAUGAAUGUCUUAGAGUCAUUUGUGAUAUUUUAUGUUGUUGACUCUGGCUCCAGGGCCUGUGUUUAAAAAGGACAGAUAAGUAUUGCCAAGAGCUGAGUGGCCCUACUUACAAAGUUUUAAACAUCUUCUACAUGCUGAUUCAUGUUUAUUUGGGCUCUCUUUAUAGAAUUUUCUCUUAAAGUUUCAAACUUCUAAGUUAUAGCCUGUAAUUAUGAGAACAAUAAACUUUAAUAACAAUAAAGAAUACUAUCCAUAUA